CUCAUCUACCUCAGUUUAAAAGUUAUUCUUUAUCAGACCGCACAGUGCGGCUACAGCCCGGGCGGCAUCAUCUGACUUACACACCCCUGCCAUAAGCCGCCACCCUUACAUGUAAAAUUGUACUGUUGUCCUUAUGAAUAUGGGCUAUUAAAUGACGGCGGCCAUGGGCCUUGACAGAUGAAACCUAACAAAGAUGAUGACAUCUUGAGGAAACCUUUCUAUUUUAAUAAUGUCACAAAUGAAAACUCCUGAAAAGAAAAAGUCCCGACUAUCUUUAUCUAAAAAUAAACGCAGCGUGACUCCAAAACUCAGCCCAUCCCCAAAGAAACACUCCUCGUCUCCAUCAAUUCUUGCACUCUUUAAAAAUGCACCCCCUGCAAAACUUUCUUGCCCCCUCUGUGGGGAGAUGGUACCACGGUUUGGCUUGAACAACCACAUUGAUGAGACAUGCCCCAAAGCUAAGCAAGACAAUCAUGAUGUCAUACUGGUGUCUGAACAGAAUUCUGUGCAACCUGCUUCCACGUGUCCAGCCCCUCAACUUCCACAAAACCCCAAGAGCAAAAUCACAAGGGCUGGCAUUAGAACACGUCAGCCUGAUCAGAGUGAAGUGAAUAAAAAACAAGGCAGCCACUAUUUUGAGCAAAAUGCUCCUGCAACAGGGACUCCUAAAGACGUGAGGAUAGUGACCACUGUUCCUCUGGGAAGCCUGUCAUCCAAACUGUCCCGGAGGUAUCGCAGUCGCCAAGCUAAGCAAGAUGCAAACAAAGAUUUUGAAUGUCUUAUGGAUUCAACUGACAUAAAUGUUGUAGCAAAGACUUCACAUGAUGAACCACUUCCUUGUGAUAGUAACUUUCCAUCUAGUGACUUACACAUCAGAGGGUAUGCAGAAUGUAUUGGCAAAGAAACUUUGUCCUCACAAGGUGAUAGUGAAACACCAGAGAUUAAUUAUAAGCAGGAAUGCAGUGAAAGUGUUGAUGACAGAGUUCAAUUGCCACCUUGCAACGCUCAGCUUGUGUGUUCGGAACAACCAGACUGUACAUCAGACAGGCGCAUUGAAACGGCAAAGCGCAAGGUAGACGAAUGCCUUGUAGUGAAGACCAAUUUUUCCAAAAAAGCAAAACACAGAAAUAGUCCUGAUCCUGCAGCUUCCAGUCAGAAGUGUGGUGCCCAAACAGUCAUGUCUUCUAUUGAGGACAGCAGUAACAACAUUCCCAUGGAAGAUAUUAGCGCGCUUGAAGAAUUUCUGAAACCUUUCGAUGAUACAGAUAGACAUGCUGGACCGGAUAAUGGCAGCAUAAAGGAACUUGAGCAUGACCGACAGCCCUACUACUUGCGGAACUUCCUAAUGGUGCUGCAUACUGUGAUGGAGAGUGAGGAAGAUAUGAGUCUAUUUAAUGAAGAAGAUACUAACGCUUUAACAACAUUUUGUGAACUGUCAGCCGGUGGACAAAAGUUGUAUGUCCGGCUAUUCCAACGCAAGAUGAACUGGAUAAAAAUAAACAAAAUAGAAUAUUCUGAAAUUGGUGCAGAUUUAAUGCCCUUUAUUGAGGAACUGAAUCAGAAUGGAUUUCUGCAAACAGACUGUGAGCUGCAGGAGCUUUCUGAAGCCCUAGAUCUCCUGUCUGCACCGGAACUAAAGAACUUGGCGAAGGGAUUUCACUUGACAAACCCCAGUGCUCAAAAGCAACAGCUUCUCGACGAAUUCCUGAAACUUUCCAAGCAACGUUCAAUAUUCAGUAUGGGAAGGAGUCAGUCCAGCGUUGCUGCUGCUAUUCUGAAAAAAGCAAAAGACAUUGCUGGGCGAGCAGUUCGGGUUUGCAAAGCUCCCAGAGCUGUAUUUUCCAGAGCCCUUCUCUUGUUUUCUUUGACGGAGUCCAUGGAGGUAGAGGAAGCUGCUAGUGGAGGACAGACUUUACUCUCCACAGUCCUCAUGGUUAACAUGGGACGAUUAACAUUCCCACCAUACACUGUACAUAGGACAAGCAGAAUAUUCCAGGACAGAGAGGAUCUCAUCAGAUAUGAAUCUGCAAUGCACAAGCUGGUAGACACCGUAGUCACUAUGACUAAUGGAAAAUGGAAUGAAGCACAUUUGAUAUUUCAGAAUGCCAGGAAGGACUGGGAUCAGCUAAAGAAUGAACCUGCUUUAAGGUAUCAUGCAGAGCUGCCAUUAUAUCUGCGUUGCUUUACUGUGGGCUGGGUGUACACUAGGAUCCUAUCACGUGGAGUAGAAAUCCUUCAGAGGCUGCAUUUGUAUGAGGAAGCAGUGGAGUUGCUGCAAACACUUUUGUCCCAGGAUGUUUAUUGUCCAAACAGUAGAGGGCGCUGGUGGGAUCGACUGGUCCUGAACUUGCACCAGCAUUUGAAGCAGACACAAAAGGCAAUUCUCUUUAUUAUGGAUGGUUUGUCAGAUCCUUAUGUACGCACAGGUCAUCAGCUUUCUCUGUACCAACGGGCAGUGAGAAUGAGAGACUCUCCAAGCUGCAAGAAGUUCCACAAAAUGUUCAGCAAACUUCCAGAGAUCACCGUAGAAGAUGUCCCUCAUGUUACUAUCAAAGGCAAGAUGUGCCCUCAGACUGGUAUGGGGAAAUCUGUAUUUCUCAUGGAGAACGUGGCUGAGGAGGUUGGAGACAACAUAACUCUUUCCACUGUUAUGUGUUCAGUUGAGGAGUUGGCAUUGGCUCAUUAUAGGGAUCUCGGCUAUGACCAAGGAAUUCAUGGAGAAGGUUCCACUUUCUGUACUCUCUAUGGCUUGUUCAUGUGGGAUAUAGUCUUUAUGGAGGGCAUCACUGAUGUCUUCAGAAACUCCUAUCAGUCAUUUCCCCUGGAUCUCUACACAGACAGUUUUUAUGAGAACAGAAAGGAGGCCAUUGAAGAUCGUCUCAGGCUUCUCCAGGAAUCGCCCCCUGAGAUCCUGCAUGAGCUGAUGGCUAAUGUCUGGAAUGUGCAUGAAGGUGAAGCGGCUGCGCUUGUAAGCUGGGAACGCUUCUCCUCUCUACAGCAGGCCCAGAGCCUGGUGUCUUGUCUCAGUGGAUCCUUGUUAAGUGGUAUAUGCAGGAAAAUGUCCAAAGGCAUCCGUCAUUGCAAAGGAGGGCUCCCUGAUCUAGUGGUAUGGAAGGCGCAGAAGAAAACAUGUAAGCUGGUGGAAGUAAAGGGUCCCAAUGAUCGCUUGUCACAUAAGCAGAUGGUUUGGUUGCAUGAACUGAAGCAGAUGGGUGCAGAUGCAGAAGUGUGUCAUGUCGUUUCCAUUGGGUCAAAGAGUAACAGACUUACCUGAGAGAGUGUAAACUAGUAGAGUAUCUUGUACUUUUCUUUAUUAAAUAAACUGCAACAAUGGAAA